AAAAAUGGAGUUCACUCUCCAAUCUCAGAUCAGCAAUUGAAAUUCUAUCUCCUCUUCUUCUCCAUUUCACAUCCAAAUUCCAUAAAUUUCCACAAUUCAACCCCAAUUAGGAGUUUCAAUGUCUUUAUAAUUCUCGCAAUUUAUGGUUUUUCUCUUUCCUCGAACUUUCACUCUGUAAAAACUUCCGAAAUCAUGAGAGUUCCGUCGGAAAAUCAAUCGGCGGCAAUGGCGUCGGGAGCGGGGUUUCGGGAAGCCGAAUCACUGUUUCGCGCAAAACCAGUUUCGGAUCUCCGAAACGUGGAGUUGAACACCCGGAAACAGAUCGAAGACAAGAAAGAAGAGCUUCGUCAGCUGAUCGGGAAUCGUUACAGAGAUCUGAUCGACUCGGCCGAUUCAAUCUUGUUGAUGAAAUCUUCUUGUGAGUCAAUCUCUUCCAACAUUACUUCGAUCUCUGAUUCUAUUUAUUCUCUCUCCUCUGCCGUGAGUCCUAAGUUUUCGUCUAACCCUAACCUUAAUCGAACUAAAAUCUAUGGCAUUGCUAGUAGGGUUAAGUAUUUGGUUGACACACCCGAGAAUAUUUGGGGGUGUUUGGAUGAAUUCAUGUUUUUGGAGGCUAGUGCUAGAUAUAUUAGGGCCAAAUUGGUGUAUCAAGGGUUAAAUUUGGUUGGGCAUGAUGGGGGUAUGAUUUUGAAAAAGAAUUUCCCUUUGUUGAAUCAUCAAUGGCAAAUUGUUGAGAGUUUUAAGGGUCAGAUUUCACAGCGAAGUCGAGAGAGGUUGUUAGUGAUGUUGGAUAAGGAAGAGAGUGAUGUUUGGAAGCUCCCGAUUGGGGCAUUUGCUGAUGCUCUUGCUGGUGUGGCUAUUAUCGAUGAAUUGGAUCCUAAGCAGGCUUUUGGGUUGUUUUUGGACUCGAGGAAGUCGUGGAUUUUGCAAAAGUUGAGUAAUGUCGAUGGUAAUGCUGUGGUUUCUGUGCUUUGUGAGGUGACGAGGAUAAUUCAGGUUACAAUAGGUCAUGUAGGGGAGAUGUUUUUGCAAGUUUUGAAUGAUAUGCCCUUGUUUUAUAAGGUGAUUUUGGAAUCGCCUCCUGCUGCACAGUUAUUUGGUGGUAUACUUACUCCGGAUGAAGAGGUAAGAUUGUGGUAUGAGUUUAGAGAUAGGUUGGAAUCGAUUAUGGUGGUGCUUGAUCGAGAUUUUAUUGCAAAAUCAUGUUCUUGCUGGCUGAGGGAAUGUGGGAGAGAGAUUGUGAGAAAGAUUGAUGGGAGGUGUCUCAUUGAUGCGAUCCCAAAUGGUGCAGAGCUCGCAUCAGCUGAAAAGCUCAUACGGGAGACUAUGGACAGUAAAGAUGUUUUUGAAGGAAGCUUGGAUUGGUUGAAGAGUGUAUUUGGUUCUGAUAUUGAGCUUCCUUGGAGUAGGACUAGGGAACUUGUUUUGGAGGAGAGUGUGGACCUUUGGAAUGAGAUAUUUGAGGAUGCUUUUGUAUCGAGAAUGAAAGUGGUAAUUGACUCAGGAUUCGAUGAUUUGACUAGGGCUGUAAAUGUUUCAGAGUCUGUUCAUGUGGCUGGAAGCAAUUUUGAUGAGAAAAGUAAUUUCGAAGCAUAUUUAAACAGAUCCUCCGCUGAUGGAGGGGUGUGGUUUGUUGAGCCAAAUGCUAAAAAGGGUGGCGUCGUCCCUAGCUUAAAGGCCUUACGUGAGGAAUUUGACUUUGGUAGUUGUCUGAGUGCAUAUUUUGGGCCAGAAGCUAGCCAAAUCAGGGAUGCAGUUGAUAAUUGCUGCCAUAAUGUGCUGGAGGACUUGCUUUACUUUUUAGAAUCUCCAAAUGCGCCUUUGAGGUUGAAAGACCUGGCACCAUAUUUGCAGAACCGAUGUUAUGAAAGCAUAUCCACUAUUCUGAUAGAUUUGACGAAUGAACUUGACAAAUUACGUGCUACCCUCGACAAUGUAAACAAGGGAGGCAAGUUUCCGCCACCAGGUGCAAUUAUCGAGAGAUCUCUUUUUAUCGGAAGGCUGUUGUUUGCUUUCAGAAAUCACUCAAAGCACAUCCCGGUGGUGUUAGGUUCACCAAGAGUCUGGGCUAAUGAAACUGUAACUUCAAAUUCAGAGACAAUGCCUUCUUUUUCACGGUACUCUAGGUUUUCUUUGGACUCUUCAACACAUGGUAGCCCAAAGCCAUUGUUCAAUAACUCUAAAAAACAAAUGUCACUUGCUGCUUCUGCUUUAUUUGGAUCAAAUGACAGUAGAAGCCCAAAACUUGAAGAACUCACAAGCAGUAUGAGAGACCUCUCCAUCGCCGCUCAUGGUUUGUGGAUCUCAUGGGUAUCUGAGGAGCUUGCAAAUAUUCUCUCGAAGGACAUCAGAGUAGAUGAUGCUUUAUCAGCUACAAAUUCUUUGCAAGGCUGGGAGGAGAUAGUAGUUAAUCAAGACCAAUCAAGUGAAAGCGAGUCAGAAAUGAAAAUAUUGCUUCCAGCCAUGCCUUCUUUGUAUAUAUGUUCAUUUUUAUUCAGAGCAUGUGAAGAAGUUCAUCGCAUUGGAGGCCAUGUUCUGGAUAAGACUAUUAUGCAGCGAUUUGCAAAGAGGCUGCUGGAAAAGGUUAUUGGAACUUAUGGCGACCUUGUGGCUAAUGGAAUGCAAAUGUCAGAGAAAGGAGUUCUUCAAGUUCUCUUAGACUUGAGAUUUGCUUCUGACGUUCUUUCUGGAUAUGAUUCCACUUUGAAUGAUGGAUUGUUAAAAAGUCCAUCUACGAAAUAUAGUUACAAGAGGAAGCAAGAUAGGAGCACAUCCAAGUCAGCUACUAGAGAACUUGUUGAUGAGCUAAUAAACCGCUUUUCACAGAAGCUGGAUCCAAUUGAUUGGCAAACGUUUGAGCCGUACCUUUGGGAAAAUGAGAGACAGUCUUAUUUAAGACACGCAGUCCUCUUUGGUUUCUUUGUUCAACUCAAUCGCUUGUAUACAGAUACGGUUCAGAAACUCCCUACCAAUUCAGAGUCGAAUAUAAUGAGAUGCUCCACUGUUCCUCGAUUCAAAUACCUUCCUGUCAGCGCGCCUGCUUUGUCUUCUAGGGCUGUUGCUAAGUCACCGAUUCGGACUACUUCUGAUGAUGUAUCGUCAAGAAGUGUGUGGAAAGAUCUUACAAAUGGCGAGUUCUCCCAGAAGGUUCAUUUGGAUGACAACUCAAGCUUUGGAGUGGCAGCCCCAUUUUUGAAGUCUGUCAUGUCGCAGGUUGGCACUAGAUUUGGAGAGGGGACGUUUAAACUGGGUUCAAUGCUAACGGAUGCACGCUUCAAGGAUAAGUCGGCUGCUUCCAUGUCAUUUGGUGAUAUUUUACCAGUCCAAGCUGCAGGUCUCCUCUCGUCAUUUACAACCACCAGAUCUGAUUCUUAAAUGAUAUCGGAAUCAUGAGGGCUUUUACUCUUACCAAAAGGGGUGCAUUUCUUCACCUGAGAGAAAAUAAUCUCUAAUCUUAAGCAACGUGUUUCGUCACUGGUAUUCAAGUUAGUCCCAUUUUGCAAGUGACAGUAUAUGAAGUAUGAUCAUAUGUAGAUAAAUUCCAUCAAAUAUUUGAAACGAAGAAUUAUUUUGGACACUCAAUGGUCAUCAGCAAUGUACGAGUAACUAUGCUGUUUGGUUGUAUGCUGUAUAUUCAAAUGAGAAAGUGGAUCAUACCAUUGCAUUGCUCAAUGUUGUCAAGCUAGUCUAUGAAAUCAACAGCAAAGUUCUGGUGAGUUCGAUAACUCUGUUGAAGUUGGUUCCCGUUUCAUUUUAUUUGGAUGUAUUCGCUGUGUCAUUUCAGUAAGGUCAGGACCUGCAUUUGAUUUUCAAUGCCGGGAUCCAAGUCAAAGCCCUGAUGAUAAUGUUGUUGGUGUUCUCCCUUCCCUCUAUGAACCGGUAUUUUACUAGCCUAUUAAGGUGGCGAGUUGUGAAGGCAACCUUUGUAUACCAAAAGAGGAAUGUAGUCUGCUGUAAUGUUAUGUUGUAGAUUUUAGAAAAUUUUAGUGUCAAUGUGGCGGGAGCAGUUUUGGAUUAUAGUCAAAUGUUUGUACAUUGAACAUUUGUUAAAGAUACGUGUUGAUAAGCAUAAAAGUCAAAAUAAUUCAUGUACGAAGUAUUAUGAAA